AUUCUAAGCGGGCUAUGGGAAAGACAGCAGCGUGGAAGGGUCCUGACUGGGGUCCUGUGUAAUAGAAGCCUUGACGACUGUCAGUCAUUCUGUUGUUGUUGGAGGACUACACUAAAAUUAUGACUGAGGAGCAGGAUUUAGAAAGGAAAGCAGUGGAGGAGCUGCUCAGGGAAGCUGCCCGAGCCAGGGUACGAGCAGAGACUAUGGGUCCUGCUGGAUGGGCAAAGUGUCCACUGCACAGCACAAACAAACGCUUCCUGCUUAACACUCUUCGAAAAACCACACUGCGGCAGUGCUCGGUUCGCACUGGAUCCAGCCAAUCAGAGACCAGGAGACGCAGAGAUGGGAGGCAGGCUACUGAACCUAGGUUCAGGAGACCACAGCGGGUGCGACCCAAUGACGACACUCCCUCCCAGGCCCCAGCUGAAACUCAGCCCACCAGCAAGACCCUCUCACCGAAAAACACACAUACACAGACGCACCACAACGACAGACACACACAGACCAACCAAAAGGACACACACACACCUACACACACAGAUUGACCAACCAUAACGACAAAAGCACAUGCACUGACAGAUCAACCAAAAUGACAAACACAUACAGACCAGCCAGGGUAACAAAUAAACACACACACACAAUACAACAGAGCAAGCCCCCUCCAGCAAUAAGUCCCAUAAAUAACUGCUGUGUCUGACAUCUGUGUGUACCUGUGUGUGUAUGUAACAUGCCUUUGCGUGUGAAAAUGUUCAUGUACACACAUACAUAUGCAUGCGUGAGCCUGACAUUUGUUAAACAAGCAGAAACAUGCUGUAGACAUGGGACUACUAUGUAUCCUGUUCUUGCAAUAUUGUUUUGAAUGGGUAAUGCAGAGAGGCCUUGGCUUUGUUUGGUACUAAUGACAGCUUUUUAGUCUUGGCACACAAUCUUCAAUAAAAUAUGCUUAUAUUUGUC